CGAAGUUUACUACAAGGCACUAGGUGACGAUACGGACAUAACCUUUUCUUUGCCGAAAAGUCUGAACUUAUUACGCUUGACAUUUUGUUUUACUAAUUUAUUUUCACUCUAUCAGUUUAAGAAUGGCAACGAAAACAAAGACAACCGAAAAGAAUGGCUCUAAUGGUGCUAGUACCAUUAAACAGCCAGCACUCGAAUCGGUGUGGGUUAGAGCAUUCAAAUCUGAGUCUGAGUGGCCCGACAAGGAGGAGUUCUUAGAUGUUAUCUAUUGGGCUCGACAGUUCCUUGGUAUUGCUGUUGGUAUUUUAUGGGGGCUCAUCCCUCUUAAAGGUUUUGUUGCUUUACUCCUAUUUGCUUUGGUGAAUGCUGGUAUUGUCUACAUGUACUGCACUAGCUUUCAGAAGGUUGACGAGGAAGAGUAUGGAGGAGCAUGGGAGCUAACGAAAGAAGGAUUUAUGACUUCGUUUGCAGGUUUUCUGGUCACAUGGAUCAUUUUCUACACCGGUCUUCAUUCAGAAGGCUUUAGAAAAGAUUUAUAGUGGUAGAAGGUCGGGGGAAAUCUGCCAACCAAAGAAGAGUCAGGUACAAAGUGCAUCUCUGAAAUUAUUCUCCUUUUUUUGAAUAUACUUAUCUACUAAGAGUGUUUACUACAUGCUCAAACUGUUAAGUUAAAACUCAUAUUGAGUCCUUUUGUAAAGAGCUGAUCACUGUCCCACUCAUUUUGUGUACUGUGGUACUGACUGUGUCAUAUAUUUGUUUGUACUGUCUACGUUCACUCAUAUCAUAUGAUUUCUUUUGCCCUCAUUGCAUGAAAGGUGAUGAUAUUGUGUAAUACUGUAGUUACUGUUUGUAGAAUUGCGUUUGUGUUACCGUAGUUUGUGGUCUACAAGUAACUAGAAAUUUCUUUGUAUCUGUAUAUUUUGUAUAUCUACUUUGCAAGAGUCUAAUUGCAGUUUAGUUGUGGGCAUGUACCAUUUCAGGAUGGGAUAAAGUAAAGGAGGUGAAAAGAAAUUUCACAGUAUUUAUUAUAACUUUGCGUAGGUUAUAUUUUAAAGGAGAAAUAAUUGUUGGUCAGCAAUUGAAUCACUCAAAAUUAUUACUACCACUCAAAUUUUAAUGGAUUUCAUUCUAUUUCUUUCUUUACUUCAUACUUGCCAACCUGAAAGGGCUUGUGUUUUUGUGGUUUCCCUGAAUUUUGACAAUUACAGCCAAGAGAUUUGUCAUAUUGGUGGAUAUGGUAAUCUAUCCACACUCCUAUUUAUACUGUUGCAUUUUCAAUUUUUUUAAUAUUUCAUGUUAUGUUCUAUAUAAAUUGUUUAAAGUUAAGUAUGGUUAACCAUACAUGGAUGAAAGACUGCUACUCAGUCCAAAAUUUGUACAAUAUUUGUAUAAAAUUUUAUUCACAUCUA